AUGUCUGCCUCUUGUUCAGCGUUGAGACGGCUGACCCACAGGUCUCCCCGCACUUGGCCCUCCCGCAUCUCCUCCGUCUCCAGGCCUGCAUCUUCUCUUUCUUCCGUUGCUCGUCCCAGUCUCAGGACUCCCUCAACAUUUUCUCGCGUCUCUCGGUUUUCCACCAUGUCUCCCCUCCAAUCUGCUGCCCCCGUCGUUCCCGGCGAUAAGCCGUACGACCCGGAGAUCAAGGAUAUGGCCGACUAUAUCCACAACUACAAUGUGAACUCGGACUUGGCGUAUGACACCGCCCGUUUGGUGUUCCUCGACACCCUGGGUUGCGGUCUGGAGGCUUUGAAGUUCAAGGAAUGCUCCAAGCUCCUGGGCCCGGUGGUGGACGGCACCGUGGUCCCCAAUGGCACUCGUGUUCCGGGAACACCUUACCAGCUGGACCCUGUCAAUGGCGCUUUCAACAUUGGUGCUAUGAUCCGCUGGCUGGACUACAACGACUGCUGGUUGGCUGCUGAGUGGGGUCACCCCUCGGACAACCUGGGUGGUAUUCUGGCUGUCGCCGACUGGGUUUCUCGCACAAACCGUGCGGGCGGAAACAUCGCCGGCGGCAAGAUCUUCCAGGUCAAGGAUGUCCUGGAGGCCAUGAUCAAGGCCCACGAGAUCCAGGGUGUGUUGGCGCUGGAGAACUCCUUCAACAAGGUCGGCUUGGACCACGUGGUCCUGGUCAAGGUUGCCACCACUGCCGUGGUUGCAAAGAUGCUCGGUCUCAGCGAGAAGCAGACCGCAGACGCGAUUACCCAGGCGUUCGUGGACGGACAGUCGCUCCGUACCUACAGACACUCCCCCAACACCAUGUCGAGGAAGUCCUGGGCUGCGGGUGACGCAUGCCAGCGGGCCGUCAACCUCGUCUUGAAGGUGCAGAAGGGCGAGGGUGGCCUGCACACCGUUCUGUCUGCCCCCAUCUGGGGUUUCUACGAUGUUCUGUUCAAGGGCAACAAGUUCCAGUUCCAGCGCCCCUACGGUAGCUACGUCAUGGAGAAUGUUCUCUUCAAGGUCUCCUACCCGGCCGAGUUCCACUCCCAGACUGCGAUCGAGGCCGCUCAGAUCGUCAACGUGAAGCUCAAGGCUCUUGGAAAGACUGCCGCCGACAUUAAGGAGAUCAGAAACCGCACCCACGAGGCGUGCAUCCGUAUCAUUGACAAGCAGUUCAAGCCGAUGGACAACUUUGCCGAUCGUGACCACUGUGUCCAGUACAUGGUCGCAACCAUGUUGGCGUUCAACCGGUUGACUGCCAACGACUACGCCGACGGAUCGGAGGCCGCUACCUCUCAGCUCCUGGAUGACCUGCGGAAGCGCAUCUACUGUGUCGAGGACCCCCAGUUCACCAAGGAUUACCACGACCCUGCCAAGCGCACCAUCCCCAACGCCCUCACCGUUACUCUGAACGACGGAACGGUGCUUGAUGAGGUGGUUGUUGAGGCACCCUUGGGCCACCGUCUGCGGCGUGAGGAGGCCAAGCCGGAGAUUCUGGCCAAGUACAAGCGUCAUCUGGAGGCGCACUUCGACCAGGCCCGUAUUGACCAGCUGAUCCAGAUUGGCUGGGACCGGGCCGCUCUCGAGGGCUAUGAUGUCGACCAGUACGUCGACCUGUAUGUCAAGGACCAGAUUGUGGCAUCCCAGUAGAGUCAUGAUUGUAUAUGCGACAUGGAGAUAUUAUACCAUAAUUUGAAGCGAGAUUUUGAAGACAUCGUGUAUGAGAUAAACGAGAAUUAGCCAGUGAUAGAAAACUUAGAAUUACGAUAUGGUGGGACUGAG